CUCACGCCCGCAAGCGCAGCCAGGCUAACGAAUCUGCCCGAAUUAAAUUCUGCGUUUCUUCCACGCCAUUUCUUUUCCUAUCGAGCAAGUAACCCGAAGAGCAUCGGAGUCGCGGCGAGAAGGCAGAGCGGGGGCGGAGAGAAGAAGAAGAAGAAGAAAAAAAAGAGAAGGAGAGAAAGAUGCAGAUAUUCGUGAAGACGCUGACGGGGAAGACGAUAACUCUCGAGGUCGAGAGCAGCGACACCAUCGACAACGUCAAAGCCAAGAUCCAGGACAAGGAGGGGAUACCCUUGGAUCAGCAGAGGUUAAUUUUUGCUGGGAAACAGUUGGAAGAUGGUCGAACCCUAGCUGAUUACAAUAUUCAGAAAGAGUCGACUCUUCACCUGGUUUUGAGGCUUAGGGGUGGAACAAUGAUUAAGGUGAAAACCCUUACUGGGAAGGAAAUUGAAAUUGACAUUGAACCCACUGACACUAUUGAUAGGAUCAAGGAGAGGGUUGAGGAGAAGGAAGGCAUUCCACCUGUACAGCAAAGGCUGAUAUACGCAGGCAAGCAGUUAGCUGAUGACAGGACUGCCAAGGAGUAUAACAUUGAGGGCGGUUCUGUCCUUCAUCUUGUUCUUGCGCUGAGGGGUGGUCGCUAGUAGUAUCAGCUUCUGUGCAAACCAUGUACCGAGAGGAAAGCAAUGAUUCCCUUAUAUUUUGACGAGCUCUUCUUGCAAAAGAUAUUUGAGCACUAGAUUUGCAUUGCUUUCUCUCCAAAAGCACUAGUUAUUUCAAAUAGUUACUUGAAAUAAGAUGGAAGACGUUUCUGUUUGUGCAAUAUAAAUUUGUGGAUUAGCGUUUAAAUAUUAAACCAUUUC